AUGGACCCACUGGAGCAAAGGGAGGUGAAGUACCGCGGCAUCCGCCGCCGCCCGUGGGGCAAAUACGCGGCUGAGAUACGAGACCCCAACCGAAACGGGGCCCGCAUAUGGCUCGGAACUUACGACACUGCCGAGGCCGCCGCCCGAGCCUAUGAUCGGGCGGCCUAUGCCCUUCGGGGCCACCAGGCCAUCCUCAACUUCCCUAACGACGGCCAUUACCGAGACGGACCACCGCCCGGAUUCCUCUCGGCCAGUGGCCGAGCUGCCCGGAAUGGGCAGCCGCACGACGAGAGGGUCAUCGAGUUCGAGUAUUUGGACGAUAAAUUGCUUGAGGAUCUUCUCGACGGUUCACAAUAG